AUUAGCAAGGAUGAGUUUGUGAUUUCAAAGCUUCAGGACAGAUUGAGGCUAGGAAAUGAUGAUGAGCUAUCAAUUCAAUGUUUUUAUCCUCUUCAACCGGCUACUUUUCCCAACUGCUAGUUGGUCGAUAUCUUACAACGAGGUUCUAUUGAAGGAACAAUUGGAUCGAUUCCCUCACAUUGAUUGGUGCCAUCUCAUAUUCAGCGACCUAUGUGAAGCUGCCCAGAAAUGGCACAAUAGGAGCACUAAUAACGUCUCAGUGAUGGUAUACGGGUGUUCCAUCGUUGUUCUUUUUCGGAGAAGCAGUGAGACUUGUUACGUCACAAAAUCUGCAUUUAUUGGUCAAUUUGAGUCUACACUAAGCCCAGAAUCAAGUGAGGCAGACCCAAAUGAACAUGGUGGACUUCGCAACAUAUACAUUCAACUGCCACUUAUCCAAGACCUGAUGUCAACUAAGAUCCAGCAACUCCUUGUACAUCAACGCUCCAAGUUCCAAGCAAAGUUGUUUGCUUAUGACUCAGAGGUUGGCAAGAUAGUUUCCACUAUCACGCAAUGUCUGAAUCAGCUAGCUGAUACAUUUGGAGAGUUGAUUGACGAGGUUCUUCGGGCUGAGAUAUAUAGUUCAGACAUUGAAAAUCACAUGACCCAACCUUGCAAUGUAUCUGUACCAGAACCAGCCACACACUCUAGUGAUCAAUUUGUAUCUGAACCACUGAUGACACCCACCCAGAUGGAGUCGCAGAUGUCUCAUAGUCAGGUGGAAGAAUUAGUUCACAGACAACAGGAAGUGCGACAAGCCUUCGAUAGUUGCCCUGAUGAAUAGGUUACACCUAAUACUCUAGGUCACACCAUGCUAGGUGGCAUAGUUUAACCUAACUCUGGCCUAGUUUUCGACAAGACUCCUAGUGAAAAUGUUAGUGUGUCAGGCCUCUUCCUAUCAAAAAUGGAAUGUGCUCAUGCUCUUUGAAACUACAUGUGUUCUAAGGUCAUGGACAUGGACAGAAACAUCAUUGACUUUGGUGAAUAUCGUGGCGAUUUUCGUGACAUACAACAAUAUUUUGCUGAUGCCGCGUGCAUCGACAAUGUGUUUAUGCAAUGCUUCAUUGAGUGUGUCCACGAUGACGCUGCUAACCGUAUUCCUCUAAUGACCGCUCACCACCUCAUCCUAGACGUUAAUGUUGGGGUAAUAACUUCUACUUUAAUAAUUCUCCUCGUCCUUUUGACCCUUCCAUUUUGGAGAGUCACCUUUCAAACAAAUUGCCUUUGUUCAAGAAGCUGGAUGAGUACAAAUCGGUAAAUAUCAGUUCCCUGACCACAUCACUCUGUCAUGGCAUGUUUUAUAACUUGCGUACUUACAUUUUGAUUACCUUUAUGCCUCGGGGGUUUUUGCUGCAUUUUGUCUAAUGUAAUGCGGCAACUCUUAAUAAAUUUCAACCAUAUUCAUGCAUAUCAACCAUAGUGUACUCAACAAUUUUAAUUUUAGUUUUUUACAAGCAGAUCAUGGUAUCCAUGCUACCAGCAGACAUUGGACCUUAUAUGUUGUUAAUUUUUAGAUUGGAUGCAUACAUGUGUUAGAUUCUAUCCCAUAUGGGUCAGAACUGGGUGGGACUACAUGGAAGAGUUACCAUGCUACACCUAUGGAUCUGGGUGACAGGCAGUUACCAUGGGCCAUGUUAAUAAUGAGUAGGCUCAAUCUACCCAUACAACAUGUUCGACCAAGAUCACCCCUCCCUGCCUUUUGGAACUACCCUAUUGAACUCCCCACGAACUGCCCAACAAUGAAAGCGGGAUCUAACGAUUGUGGAUUCUUUGUUAUGAGAUAUAUGCAGUACUACGACUACAUGGAUGGAGCUAUCAACGUAGUUAUUGAUCCGGUACAGAAUCGUCGGCUAGCUGUUUUUGUGCUAUGACACAAUGUAUGCAUAAUAUUGUCUAACUCACACUUUCCUUAUAAUGGUUUGUAGUAUAAUUCAGAAGACCUUCGCUCUCUUGUAUUGUAUUACAUGAUAUUCCAUUGCCUAAACAAAAACAACCCCCUCCCUUCAAAUUUAGAAAGAUUGUAUUAUGGAUUUGCAAAACGAUGGCGUUCAUGCGUUAAAAUGAUGGUACAUGUCACAUUGUAUCUCACCUGAUGCAGCACUGCGCCAUGUUGAAGAAGAAACAACACCUUUCUCAUGUUCGCCGGCGUCUGCUAUGGUUCAAUUACGAAGGAGACGCCGUCAGGUUCCCUUUUUUAUAUGCACCAUGCUGUCCCUUUCAGUUAUUAUUAUCGUUUACGCAAUAUAUUGUGUUCAUUUAUGGUCCACUUUAACAUGUACAUGCAUGCACCGCAUU